AUGUCCAGAAUGAUGCAGUCACUCCCCUUGAGAGGCCGGUCUAAAAGACGCCACUGCUCAGAGCCUCUUCGGUCACAACACUCAAGUCAAAUCAGUACCCUUACAGCAACCCCUGAGCGAGCGCUACCCACCGAAGUUCCGAUUGCCCAUAGUCAGGAUGCUGUACAAGAGACUGAAGGUUCGGCCCGGAGUCGACAGACCGGAAGCUCGUACGAAGAACUGAUUGCCUUGCGGGAAAGUAUUAUGAAGAAUGGGCAAGAAGUGGUCUCGCACUACAAUCACAUCGCCGAGGAAAAGAAGGCGCUGCUCGAGGAAAGGGUGGCGCUGAAUGAAAGAGAGACAAAGCUCAACUGGGAGGAGGAAUUCUUAACUCAGAGAGUGAAGGAUGUAGCCCGCCGAGAGGAAAACCUAAUCGCGGGAUGGGAAAGGCUGAAUGAUCAACCGUGCUUGCUACGGGGAAACGAGGAACGCGUCUACCAGGCGCAACUCAAUCUCUACCAUUUGAUAGGUCAAGUAGACAUGGGGACCGCCAUAGCUGAGCUAGAGCGAGAAAUCUACGAGAUCUAUGAGCGAGAGCAGGAAAUUCGUGAACGAGAGAAAGCCGUGUCCGAGCGGGAGGAAGAGAUUUGCAAACGAGAGAUCAACGUGUCCGAACGAGAGAACAACGUGCGGGAACGAGAGAAUAGCGUGUGGGAACGAGUGGAAAAGCUUUCCGAGCGACAGGAAGUGGCACGAACCAAUGAAAGGGUUUCCCGACAGAGUAGUUCUUGUAUUUAUGUUGCAAGGGCGACCGCUGAAUCAGUACUAAUUGAAUCCGGGGAUUUUUGGCGCAAGUAG